AUGUCUCGCGACAGAUCAACAAAGCGGUUCUACCGCGCGGAGUCGACUAACGAUUUGUUGUCUUACAUGGACAAAGGACACGCCGCGUGUGAGGAGAACAGGUGGACCUUUGAGACAGCUUGGGAAGCCGCUAAUAAAGUUGGCGGUAUAUACACAGUGAUACGGUCUAAAGCGUAUGUGUCUACCGAAGAAAUGGGUGAAAACUACUGUCUGUUGGGCCCCUAUAAAGAGCAAUGUGCGCGUACAGAAGUCGAGGAGUCCGAAUUUCCCCCGAACUCCCCCCUCACUACUGCGGUCAAUGCUAUGAGGAGUCAGGGGUAUAAACUACACACAGGCACAUGGCUAGUCGAUGGCAACCCACAGAUUAUUCUGUUCGACAUCGGCUCAGCCGCAUGGCAGAUGGACAGCUUCAAACAAGAGUUAUGGGAUUCAUGUUCUUUAGGUAUACCCCACUUGGAUGUUGAGGCGAAUGAUGCGGUGAUAUUGGGCUUUAUGGUGGCACAGUUCAUAACUGAGUUCCGCAAAGCGGCGGAGGGCUACAGCGACACGCCGCCGCGUGUGGUGGCGCACUUCCACGAAUGGCAAGCGGGCAUCGGCCUUAUCGUACUGAGAGUACGUCACGUGGACGUAGCAACAGUAUUCACUACACACGCAACACUGCUAGGAAGAUAUUUGUGUGCUGGCAACACAGAUUUCUAUAAUAAUUUGGAUAAGUUCUCAGUGGACGAGGAGGCGGGAAAGAGACAGAUAUACCACCGCUACUGUAUGGAGCGCGCCGCCGCGCACAUGACACAUGUGUUCACGACGGUCUCAGAUAUUACUGGUUAUGAGGCAGAACAUCUCCUCAAAAGGAAGCCAGACUUCAUCACGCCAAAUGGUCUCAACGUGAAGAAGUUCUCGGCGUUGCACGAGUUUCAAAAUCUACACGCUCUAGCCAAGAACAAGAUAAACGAAUUCGCAAGAGGGCAUUUCUAUGGGCAUUUCAACUUCGACUUAGAUAAGACACUGUACUUCUUUAUCGCGGGUCGAUAUGAGUUUGGAAACAAAGGAGCGGAUAUUUUCAUUGAAGCUUUGGCCAGAUUGAACCAUUAUUUGAAGUCGUCAGGGUCCGAGAUGACGGUGGUAGCGUUCCUGAUCUUCCCCGCGAAGACCAACAACUUCAACGUGGAGAGCCUCCGCGGCCACGCCGUCACCAAGGCGCUGCGCGACACCAUACAGGACGUGCAGCGCGCCGUCGGAGAGCGUCUUUACGAUAUAUGUCUCAGAGGCCAUCUCCCCGAAGCGUCAGAUCUCCUGCACAAAGACGACACGGUCCGCCUCAAGAGAUGUUUGUACGCGUUACAAAGGGACGGUCUGCCUCCAAUAACUACGCAUAAUGUGGUGGACGAUUGGAGUGAUCCAGUGUUGAAUUCUAUACGUCGUUGUCAGUUGUUUAACACUGUAAAUGAUAAAGUUAAGGUAAUUUUCCACCCAGAAUUUCUAACAUCAACGAACCCCCUCUUCGGUCUGGACUACGAGGAGUUCGUGAGGGGUUGCCAUUUAGGGGUGUUCCCCUCCUACUACGAGCCUUGGGGUUACACCCCCGCGGAGUGCACGGUCUUGGGGAUACCAAGUAUUACUACUAAUUUGUCUGGUUUCGGCUGCUUCAUGCAAGAACACAUCGCGGACCCGAUGUCCUACGGCAUAUACGUAGUGGACCGCAGGUACAUCUCGCUGGAGGGCUCCGUGCAGCAGCUGGCCCAGUACAUGUACGAUUUUACAAAGUUAACACGUCGACAACGUAUUAUCCAAAGGAAUCGAACGGAGAGAUUGUCAGACCUCAUGGACUGGAGGAACUUAGGCAUUUAUUAUCGUCAAGCGCGAGCGCAAGCUUUGAAAACAGUUUAUCCAGACUACGUGGACCACAUGGACCAGGAAUUGGAGAAGAGGUUCAACUACCCGCGCCCCAUCUCCGAACCACCCAGUCCUACACAUUCUAGAGCAACAACCCCCGCUGCAUCCGUCCACGGAUCAGACGACGAAGACGAAGUAGACGAAGAACAAGAACUGGCCGAAUUGAGAAUCACAGAUAAU